AUGGGUUGUGUUAGCUCCAAGAAGCAAAGGUCUCAAUCCCCUGAUUUCGAUGACCAUGAACAAGUCGUCGUCUCCUCCUCCGCAUUUCCCGGUCGGACCGCCAAUAGGUCCACGACCCGCUCCGCUUCCUCCGGGCCGGUUCAUGUUCAUGCAUCGUCCGGCCCAUUAACGAAGAAGGUAAAGGAGGAUCCCGACAUUGAGGCGGUGGUCGUCGUCGACGAUGAAUCUGGUAAGAUCAAAAUACCCGAUUUUGACGAUGCUGACGGUUCGGCAAAUUUCACGGCGGCUUUGACGAGAGGGCCCUCACAGAAGAAGGCGCCGGCGCCGGCGCCGGCGGCGGGUUUCACCAUUAAUUUUGGCAGGUUGUCGGAAGGCGCUGAGCAGGCGGCGGCGGGUUGGCCCGCUUGGCUCACCUCUGUAGCGGCCGACGCCGUCGACGGGUGGGUCCCUUUGAGUUCCGACACGUACGAAAGAUUGGAUAAGAUUGGACAAGGUACGUACAGCAACGUUUACCGGGCACGCGAUUUGAGAACCGGUAAAAUGGUGGCCGUUAAAAAAGUCCGGUUCGACAAUUUUCAACCGGAGAGCGUCCGGUUCAUGGCUCGUGAAAUCAUGAUCCUCCGCAGGCUGGACCACCCUAAUAUCAUGAAACUCGAGGGCAUCAUUACAUCCCGAUUAUCGUGUAGCAUAUACCUCGUUUUCGAAUACAUGGAACACGACUUGGCUGGACUUUUAUCAUGCCCCGAUAUAAAAUUCACCGAUUCUCAGAUCAAAUGCUACAUGAGACAGCUAUUAAGUGGAGUGGAGCAUUGCCACUCGCGAGGGAUAAUGCAUCGAGACAUUAAAUCCUCGAAUAUCUUAGUCAACAACGAAGGGGUCUUGAAGAUAGCAGAUUUUGGGCUCGCGAAUUUUCUUAGACCAGCGAACAAGCAACCAGCUUUAACAAGCCGAGUGGUGACUCUAUGGUACCGGCCCCCCGAGCUUCUACUGGGGUCCACAGAGUACGGUGAAACGGUCGAUCUAUGGAGUGUGGGCUGUGUCUUUGCCGAGCUUUUCGUUGGAAGGCCUCUCCUUAAAGGCAGAACCGAGGUGGAGCAAUUGCAUAAAAUCUUCAAGCUUUGCGGCUCUCCGCAAGACGACUAUUGGAAAAAAUCUAGGCUUCCUCUUGCGACUAUGUUCAAACCGCAGCAGCCUUACGAGAGUACGCUGAGAGAGAGAUGUAAGGAGUUUCCGAAAAGAUGGCCCGGGAUCAAUUCCGUUAAUUUUAGUUAUCUGAGGUUGAGGGCAACGUUCGCAGGGCCAACGGUGGAAGUGCAAAAUAUAUACAGAAGAUCAAGGGCUGGAAUCGAGCCACCUCGUGCAUCACUAAAACAAACCUACGACACAAAAUCAGAGGUUUCUCAAAUGUCACAUGAUUCUCAAGAAUCGAGCACCCGAUCGGUUCCGCUGGAAGUGACAGCAUCAUCGAGCAGCUUCGCAUGGGCCAAAAGGCAAAAGCACCAAGACGUGUUCACUAGAUUGCACAGCCAGCCCAUUUCAAGAAACCAAAAAUCCAACACAUCCGAUCCGUCCAAUACAUCAAACAACGACCAAUCAGACGGCCAAGAUCAAGCCAACGAGUCUUCCGGACGGAACUACCGGGCCAUGCGUAGGGAACAUGCCCAGCUGCAACGCCCCGAAUCUUUUGAUUCUUCCGAAAUUUACGAGCCUAACGAACUGUCAGAGGAUUACGGGAACAAGAAGAUUAGCAGAGUUGCAUUCUCGGGGCCGUUGGUAUAUCAGUCCUCUCAAGAAAUUGCUUCGAGGCAAUACAAUUUACCUCAUCAAACUCUUCGAAGAUCCCGAUUUCACAAAGGUAACGCGCACGCGAACACGUCCAAUUAGGACAAGCUAUAUUUCCUUACAGACGCAAUUUCAGAUUGAAUGACAAGCUAAUUCUUCAUUUGUGCAGAUUAGUGCACAGUUUCAAAUUUUGAUUCCAAUCCGAGUCUGCAGAUCCAACUGUAACAGAAAAAUUGCUCAAAAUCAAUUUACUUAUUUUUUAAA